AUGGCUUCGCGACGGACACUGGGAGGAGGCAGAGUUUUGGGCAGCGGCCGCUCGCUGUCGCCCGCCGUCAACCCCCAGCGCCCGCACCAGCUCACUCCUUCCGAGAGCUCCCUGUCGCUUGCUUCCAGCUCCCACACUUCGACCACCGAGACAGACGACAUUGCCUCCAGAAUCGCCCUCGACUCCAACAAUGGCCCCGUCGGUGCCGCCGCCGCCAGCUCCCGUCUGGUCUGUCCUAUUUGCAAUGAGGACAUGGUCACCCUCCUCCAACUCAACCGGCACCUCGACGACAACCACCAAAACCUGCAAGAAGUCGAGCAAGAUGAAGUCAAGAACUGGUUCGAACAACAGAUGAAAAAGGCAAAGCGUUUCCAGCCGCUUGCUGUCCUCAAUCAGAAACUAAAAGGCCUCGACGUCUUCGAGUCCAACGCCAUCCAACCCUCACACCUUGUCUCGUCCACCCCACCUCGUUCCUCCACUCCGAGUAAUACCACUCCUACCCAAACCUCCACCGCCGUACCAGAGUCCCGCCUUGAUCCCGACGAUGUCGUUACGAAAGCACACUGGCAACGUUCCUCGGGUCACGACUCUUGUUCAGACCCCUUGUGCGGAAAGAGACUCGGGAACACAAACGGCAACGUCAACUGUAGACACUGCGGUAAGCUUUUCUGUGACGAACACACCAUGUACCAGAUGAAGCUGUCUCGCUCUGCCCAACACGAGCCUGUCCGCGGUUUGUGGUGUCGUGUGUGCGAGACAUGUUACAAGAGUCGUCCGGGUUACAACGACCACUCUGGACUUGAGCGCGAUCAUACCCAACGUUUUGCUGCUAUCCGUAGACGCACAGUAGACAAAGCAUACCUCGAAGUGAGUCGCCUGGAGAAGCGCCUCUCGAGGCUCACCCAGUUGCUUGCCAACCCACCUCCGCCCGAGAACGAUCAAAGUACCAGUAGCUUCCUCUGGUCUCUGGCUGGCUCCAAGAAUCGUAUCCGUACUCUGGAACAAUCGGUGGUAACUUGGGAAGAUGACGCUCGCGUCCUACACUGUCCAUUUUGUCAGCAACAGUUCUCGCAAUACUCUUUCCGCCGACAUCAUUGUCGAAUAUGUGGUCGAGUCGUGUGUGGUGAUCCAGCGACGAAUUGUUCCACUGCGAUCGCUUUGAAUGUGGAUGCGCCGCUCAAUCCAAAUGGCCUGGAGAAAUCUGUUGGUCAAGUGGCCGUCGAUGUACGCAUGUGUAAAGACUGCCAGCACACAAUCUUCAGCAAAUCCGACUUUGCUCGACAACUCUCAAUACAACCUCCAGACCAACGAGCUUACGAGAACCUCGUACAGUUCGAGCGCGGAAUCCGUCUUCUCCUGCCCAAGUUUCAAAAACUACUCCAGGCCCUACAAGAUCCUGACAAGCCUCCUACCUCCACUCAACUAAGCGAUGCCACCAAAGUACGCAGGCGGCUUAUGGAUGCAUUCACACAGUACGACGUAGCCGCCAGACGUAUCAGAGACCUGCCAACCGAUAGCCCGACGCAAGAGCGUUUACAAAAGGCCAUUUACGCACAAGCAACCACGUUCCUCCACUUACACAUGCUUCCCCUCAAAUCCUUACCCAAACUGCUUCAACACGCAACCCCGCAUGGCAAACCCACAGCCAAGGCCUCGGCGGAUCCUCUGGCCGCCAUCAAGAACGAUCAGGCCAGCAGACCCCAAGGCAGUCGCGCGAGCAGCUCGUCAUCAGCCCAAGUCACUGCCCUGGAAGCCGAGGAGAAGGAGCUUCGAGAGCGCAUGAUCGUGCUUGAGGAGCAGAAAUUCUUCGUCGAAGGUAUGAUUGCUGAUGCGAAUAAGCGCAGGAGGUUUGAUGAGGUCGCUAGUCUGGCGGGCAAUGUUGAGGAUUUGACUCGAGAGAUUGAUCAGUUGCAGGGCCAGAUAUCGGGUAUGGAUUUUGCUGGUGCGUAUGCGGUUGGGCAGGAGAUUUGA